AUGCGGCGCCACGCCACCCCAUCACUGUCGGGGCGCGGUACCGAGAACUGGUACAUUAAUCUAUCUAGUACUGUUAGCUCCGUGAAACACAGCAUCUUCCCCAUCACUGGGCUCGUAGACUCGUGUAGCAUUCGGUUCUCAGCAGAGAACCAGACCGCCCGGACAAGUUGUCAAGGACAGGAGUACACUCGUCAGAUAUUCGAGAUCAUCAUAAGAAACACUAGACCUGGCUUAUCUCAUUUGAGACUAGAGAAAGCUACAGUUCACCAUCUCAGUACCAUCCCAGGGUUCUACUUUAUUUUCUAUAUCUGGACACCCGAUAUGUCUGCCAUCUUGGUGCUGUUGCAGGUGGACAGGUGUGAGGCAACGCAGGGGUGGAGUCAGCACUGUACCACAGAUCUUCCUCAGAUGAGGAAGAGAGCCCUCAUCCUCGUCUACAUCUGGUUUACUGCUCAGAAAAAUGACAACGAUUUCCCUGUAGAUUUGGUCCAGUCACCAAGCAACACAAAGGGCCAGGAGCGCCAAUGCCUGACAAAAGUCUCUGUAUGCAUACAUACAUGUAAUAUGCUUCUUUAGGUUUCAGAUCAGUAAAUACCACAGUUUUGUAAUACAUUUGUAAUACAUUUUUAUAACUUUGGGUUUUGAUCCAGGCUUUAUAAUGUCACAUUGAGAAAUAUAGCUGUCAGCACAGGCUUUAAAUGAAUGGUUAGGAGCAUCUCUACUCUGCUACCACAAUUUCUCACUCAAGCCUAUGCAAAAAAGAACCUUUCAACACUACACUUUUGUACACAGAACAAGCAGAAUAUACUUUUUAAAAAUAUAUUUCCCUUGAAUAGAUGUUUAUCCUUCACUACAACCAGUAUCCCUACCAAUGUCUCAACCUGCUUUAACACCCUAAACAUCUUUCCUAAUGUUAUAUAAAACAUUUGUGUAGUUUGGUCACAAAAUGUAAGCGCCAACCGUCACAAUUCAAGAAUACUACUAAAGGACGUUCACUACUUGAACUGUGCAGUGCCUUGACUAUAAACAGUCCUGUAAGGGUGCCUUCUGUUUACUUAAUAUGCAACACCACAGCAGUUAAUGAUUCUGUUGCCUUGUAGACAUUAGACUUUUCUUGGUAUGUCUAUUUUUGUUGUUUUCUUUAGACAAGAAUCCUCUUAACAUUACAAUUCACUAAAAUCCAAUACCAACUGCAUAAAAAUCUUCCCCAUUGAUUCUAAUAGACACCCUUUAACAUACUUCAUUUUCUGAACACAUUCUUGUGGUCAGUGCUGCAUUCAGGGGAUCGUCAAACUCCUUAUGAAUAUCAUUAACCAAAUUUUUGGUUGUUUUUAAACCACAACAACCCACAAAUCUAACCCAUUAAUACAUUUUUAUUUAUCUGAUCAAUAAAACAAGGCUUGAUACAUGUUUAACCCUGUUGAUGUUUUUGAGGCAGAGGACUAAGCAGUAGUGCCCCCUUUAGGUUGUGUGUAUCAUGCACCAAUUUGCAUCCUGCAUUCCAGUCAGUCACUCAUUACACUAUUGCACCAUAAAUUGUUUACUAUAAAAUUCACUCCGACAUGCUCCAAUUUAACAUUUAGAUUAAGGCCUUAGGCUUACUUUUUGACCAUAGUUUCCUUCUGGACGUGUGUGUAAGAGGGAAGUCUUAGGGUAAUCAAAUUCAACAUAUUUCUUUAAAAAAAUAAAAAUAAAAAAUAAUAAUAAUUAAAACGUAGCCCAACAUUCAGCAUCCAGAAUAUCCCCACAGGAUUCUCAGCCAUGUUUGCAUGUACAUACAUCACUUCACAUGGUAGUUGGGAUGUGUGAAAACAUGGUAUUUCCAUGUGACUGGCAUUAAGGUAAAACAGUCUGAUUAUGAGAGAAGAUUUAUAUAGAUUCCAUCAGGCUCUUAGGUGCCUGUUAUUCAGCAGAACACUCACUGAACAUCAUGCUUAAUCACUGCAGAGCAGAACUCCAUGACAUCCUGCACAUCCAGCUCCAGUUACAAAAAGUGUCCAU